AUGGGCAACUGUCAUCGUCGAACGAAAACUUAUUCACAUUCACCAAAGACGCUUUUUCGAGAUAAAACUCUGAAAAACCGUUCAUAUUUAUAUCAGAACUCGAAUACAAAUACAAAAGUUGAAAUGAAACACGAUGAACCAUUGGAAAUAACAUUUGAGGACUUUAUUGAUCAUAUUCUGCUCCUUCGCAAAGUGAUCAGUCAUCCAAGUCUGACACAAGAUGGAAAGUUAUUAAAUGAGUAUAUUGAUGAAUAUUGUCAAAAAAUGGCUCGAGAAGAAAUGGUAACUGAUUAUCAACGAUCACAGCUCGCCUGGCCAAUCCUGUGGAUCUGGUACGUGCAUCGUUUGCAUCCAUUUGCCUAUCACAAGGAUUGUACUUCACAACUUCCACAUGGUAAACUUGUUGAUCCAAAAGUACAAUAUUUUUUUUCAGAUGUAUCAACACACCGACCUCAUCCAUCAUUUAUUCCAUCAGUGAAUCUGACGAAAGCCGUCAUUCGUCAAAGUACUUUUCUUGAGAAAUUCACGAAACAUUAUCUUUAUACAAGUGAUUUACAAGAAAUUAAUCGCUCGUUCUUUCCGGGUAUGGUGAGAAAUUAUAUAUCUUUUCUACGAUUGGGUAAACAAAAUUGUAUGGUCGUUCCAACCUUUGACAUAGAUUUAAUAUGGCAUACUCAUCUAAGAAAUCCUACACACUAUCGGCAAACUUCGAUAGCUCUAUGUGGAUUUGUUCUUGAUCACGAUGAUUCGAUCAAAGAGGAUAUUCUAAAAAAUGCUUAUAAAAACACAGCUAAUCGUUGGUCUAGCACAUACCAUACAGAUUACGGUGACAACGCAAGACAAAAUUUUCGCAAAACAUCGACAUAUACUCACUCCAGUGCAAAUCCCCGAUCAUUUGUUUCUCCAGUACCCAAUAUGUUGAGCUCAUUGCAUGAAACCAGCUGUGAUGGUGGCGACUGUGGAGGUGGUGGCGGCUGUGACGACUGUGGAGGUGGUGGCGGCUGUAGCGACAGUGGAGGUGGUGGCGGCUGUAGCAACUGUGGAGGUGGUGACUCUGGAGGAGACUAA